GUAAUCCCCAGAACAGGCUUGAAAGGAAAAAAAAAAGUGUUAAAAUUGUGGAACGCUAUCUCAUUAGAAACUGGAUUUAGUAACGACCCAUUAACGACAGAAUACCGAAUUGAUCGAAACGAACUGCAGCGAAGGCAGUUGGGGAUACUUCGCAGCAAAUAAUUUGUGAACCGUACGUGUUCCUGUGGAGCUGCACUUGUGCUGAUCAUUGUUUUCCAAUGGACGUCAGGACACGUCGCUUCUAAGGAAAUCGGCGAAAGAUUAGUACAUUUGAAGAUGAAAACAUUUUUCCUACUCUGUGGGAUACUACUCCUAUUUGGAGAGGUGUGGAGCGAGGUGGAACCGCCUCAGGGACCGGAGGAGACGAGUUCUUCCGUAGGAAGUAGCAGAAAGCGGGAUGGGGAUGAGCCGGAGGAGUCGACAAAGGAUGGUUCGAACCAAAGAAAGUCGGCGGAAGGCUUGCUGGAGGAGAUUGUGCUAGAGGAAUCGGAACAGAAGAAGAGCGAGAGGGUGGAGUUCGAGGCGCUGUCGGAUGAGUUGCAUUUCAUGCGGUCGGCGAUCAAGAUCGUCAAGGCACCGGAUCUAUCGCAGGAUAAGGAAAGCCGAAAAAUGUCCGAGAUGCUAAAUGAGCUGCUGGAUAGUCACGAGCGAAUGAUCCAGAAGAUUGAGAGCGAGAUCGAAGAGAUCAACCGGAUCUCGCCGGAGGAUGCUGGGGAGACGGCUAGGGUGUUGAGUCCGGAAGAGUUGGAGGCUCAGGAAACGUAUGACAGGGCGAUGGUGGUGCUGAAUAGGACCAAGGUGGAUAAACUGCAGGGACACAAGCUGAUGGUGGAGGCGGCUGGUAAGGGUCAUCCGUUGGCGAGGAGUCACGUGGCUUGGGCGCAGUUGCUGGGUCAUCCGGUGCAUAUGGAUACUGAGGCGGCGAAGAAGACGUUUUUGGAACUGGCCGAGAGUGGACUGCCGGAUGCUCAGAUGGGACUGGGAUUUAUGUACUCAACUGGGAUUGGGUUCAAUGUGAGUCAGGCGAAGGCGUUGGUUUACUACACGAUGGCGGCACUGGGGGAUAAUUCGUGGGCUCAGAUGGCACUGGGAUACCGGUAUUGGUCCGGGGUUGGUGUGCCGAAUAGCUGCGAGACGGCGCUGGAUUUCUACCGGAAGGUAGCUACAAAGGUGGCUAAUCAGGUUACGUUUUCCGGGGGAGCGGCAGUCCAUCGUAUCAGGCUUCUGGAUGAAGUGGAAAAUUCCGGUCCUAGUUCGGGAAUACUGGAUAAUGAUUUGAUCGAUUACUACCAACUGUUGGCGGACAAAGGAGACGUACAGGCACAGGUUGGCCUGGGUCAGCUACAUUAUCAAGGUGGCCGAGGCAUUCCGCUGGAUCAUCAGAAGGCCCUGCAGUACUUUAGCCAAGCGGCGAAUGCAGGAAAUGCCGUAGCGAUGGCUUUUCUGGGGAAGAUUUACCUAGAGGGAAGCGAUAACAUUAAAGCUGAUAAUGAAACUGCUUUGAAGUAUUUUAAGAAGGCGGCCGAUUUGGGCAACCCGGUGGGACAGAGUGGUUUGGGAAUUAUGUACCUGCAUGGCAAAGGAGUGCCCAAGGAUACGGUGAAGGCGUUGAAAUACUUUACCCAAGCAGCUGACCAAGGGUGGGUAGACGGACAGCUUCAGUUGGGUAAUAUGUACUUCAGUGGCAUCGGCGUCAAGAGGGAUUUCAAGCUAGCUAACAAGUAUUUCAAUCUGGCCUCUCAGUCGGGUCAUGUGCUGGCUUUCUACAACCUGGGUCAGAUGCAUGCCGUUGGACUGGGAAUGAUGCGAUCCUGUCCGACGGCGGUGGAGCUGUUCAAGAACGUGGCCGAACGAGGAAAGUGGGCCGAGCGGUUAAUGUCUGCUCAUCAGGAUUAUCGUUCCUACCGGUUCGAGGAAGCAUUCAUGCAGUACACCUUGAUGUCGGAAUUGGGCUACGAGGUAGCGCAGAGCAAUGCGGCUUUCCUACUCGAUCGAGGGGAGAUCAAUUUGUUCAAGAACCGCGAAGAAGAGCUGAUCCGGGCGUUACAGUUCUGGGGUCGGGCUGCCGCUCAAGGCUACUCGGCUGCCCAGGUCAAGCUGGGAGAUUACCACUACUAUGGACUGGGCACGAAUGUGGAUUUCGAAACUGCUGCUUCACAUUACCGAAUGGCUUCGGAACAGCAGCACAACGCUCAGGCCAUGUUCAAUCUGGGCUACAUGCACGAACAGGGUCUCGGUAUGAAGAAGGACAUUCACCUGGCCAAACGGUGCUACGAUCUGGCAGCGGAGACCAGUGCUGAUGCCAAGGUUCCCGUGACCCUUGCCCUGAUGAAGCUUCAGAUGCUGUUCAAGAUGGAAUCACUCCGAGAGUCCCCCUUCAGCGUCCUGUUGGACCUGGACGAGAACAUCGCCUCCAAUUGGGAUCUCUACUUGAUCACGGUCCUGACGGUGGUUCUUGGAGCAGCACUGUACUUUCGAAGACCACCCGCACCGGGAGCGGUCAAUCACAAUCCCCCACCCGCUCCGGUUCCAGUGGUACCGGCAGCGGCCGAGGAGGCCCCACUGAUUGAUCGACCCGCGACCAACAACAUGAACGAAAACCAUCAGCCGCAGCAGCGUGAACAGCGCGAAGAUGCACCUCAAUGAUCAAUAGUGGACAGUGUAUAAGAGUGAUGUUUUUCGAAGAAGAAUGUGUGAGAUGAAUUUUGCUAUUGUUUUCUCCUGUUUUACAAUAUCAUAUUUUAGCCCGACACUGUUGUUUUUUAAACUUUCAUCGCCGAAUUCGGCGUGUUGGCUAAAUAGUUUCAUUAUUAUUGCAGCACUAAAUACUGAUUACUUCAAUUUUACAUGAAAUGUUUGUGAGAAGUGUGUUGGUUCUGUGGAGGAUAAAUGCGGAGUGCAUCAUACUAAUCUUUUGGCUGUAAGCUGGGAGGCAAUGUCUGAACGAAAGCAUGGACAAUUAUGUGAAAUAAAUUUAGUGAACCGUAA